AUGCCACCUGACCAGAAAAGGAAGAAAACUGAACCUUCGAAAUCAGAAGACCACAAAUAUAAAAAGAUUAAAUUGGAGAAUUUUCCAGAAGCCGGCGGUGAGCAAUGGAGCCCUGAAGGCUAUUUUCCCUGCGCAGGGGAUCGAGCCAGCGCUAGAACACCAUUGAGAAAGCCAUUGAAGAUUAGGGAGAGUCACAAACAAGAGGCUAAAAAGCGAGAAUGCUCGCUUUUGAAAGGGGAAGACCUGUCCACAUGUCAUACGUCCACCUUGUUAAACAUAAGUCCUAUGUUUGCGAGAAUAGACCAGGCCCCAUCGGUUCCGGCUUCAGCGCAAGAGAAUGAGGCGUUCACAACGCUAGGCGAGUGGGCAUCGAUUUCAACCCAGGCAACACACGAACACGUGUCGAUUAAUCCAGAUCAACGGCCAGUGUCUUCGAACCCGUCGUCAGUGCAGAUGAGCCCGAUGGAUAUCUUGAUAUUGGUAAUUGAAAUAAAGGAAUGGCUAGACGCGCAGGACGAACCGUCUGCAUGGUAUGAUGUCGAGGCGCCGUCGGAAUACCAGUUCUCCCGAUCUGUAUCAUCCUGGGCCACUGUACCGUCGGGGGGUUCUCCAAGAGGAAACUAG